GGCUGCAGCGGAGCCCGAGCCCGAACCGAAAGGUGCGGACGGAGGGAGACCGCAUAUUCGGGUGGGAACCCGACAUGGGAUGGAGAUAUAGGGGUGAGGUGGGACCCCCCCGCACCUCGUGGGGAGGGGGGGGAGGGCACAGGUGGGGGUAACACCUCUCAAUGUGUGAUUUGAUUGGGAGCAAAGAGCAUCCCCCCAUCCUACGUGGAGACUCAGCUUCAACCCUGAAAACAUAAUCCCAAAUUAGUUUGGUUCUCCUCCCAAGGUUGGGGGUCCCUAUGGGUGCCCCACUAGGUGGUAUUGCCUUAUUCCCCCCUCUCCCAUCAGCACAGGGCUUUGGCCAUGACGGAGGCUGUGGGAGCAAAGCCUAAACGCAUCCUGGUGACGGGGGGCACUGGUUUGGUGGGCAGAGCCAUCCAGGAGGUGGUGGCCAAUGGUGAGGGGCAGACGGAUGAGGAGUGGGUCUUCGUGUCCUCCAGAGACGCCGACUUGACGAGUGCUGUGGAGACCAAAGCUCUCUUUGAGAAACAUAAACCCACCCAUGUCAUCCACCUGGCUGCUAUGGUUGGGGGCCUCUUCAAAAACAUCCGUUGCAACCUGGAUUUUUGGAGGAGGAACAUCCACAUCAAUGACAAUGUCCUGCAUUCUGCUUAUGAGUGUGGGGUGCAGAAAGUGGUCUCCUGCCUCUCCACGUGUAUCUUCCCGGACAAGACAACAUAUCCCAUUGAUGAGACCAUGAUCCACAACGGGCCACCACACAGCUCCAAUUUUGGCUACUCCUAUGCCAAGAGGAUGAUCGAUGUCCAGAACAGGGGUUACUUUGAGCAGCAUGGCUGCCGUUUCACCGCCGUCAUCCCCACCAACGUCUUUGGGCCACACGACAACUUCAACAUUGAGGAUGGCCACGUGCUACCAGGGCUCAUCCAUAAGGUGUAUCUGGCCAAACAGAAUGGCUCUGCUCUGACCGUAUGGGGCACAGGCAAGCCCCGAAGGCAGUUUAUCUACUCUUUGGUAUGUGUGGCCUUGGGGAGCACUUGGAGGGGUGACAUGAGGGGCUGGGGGACCUCAGCGCAGGCUGAGCCCUCCUGGGUUGUCCUGGGCAGCACUGAUCCUCAGGGCCUGGGGUCCUCCAAGAGCCAUCUGCUCCUCUGUAGGAUCUGGCCCGGCUCUUCAUUUGGGUUCUACGGGAAUACGAGGAGGUGGAGCCCAUCAUCUUGUCAGUGGGAGAAGAAGAUGAAGUCUCCAUCAGAGAGGCUGCAGAGGCAAUCGUGGAGGCCAUGGACUUCAGGGGAGAGCUCAUUUUCGACACAACCAAGGCCGAUGGGCAGUUCAAGAAGACAGCCAGCAACGCCAAGCUCAGGCACUACCUCCCCAACUUCCAGUUCACACCCUUCAGACAAGCUGUGAAGGAGACUUGCACCUGGUUCAGCACCAACUACACCAGUGCUAGGAAGUGAUGGAGCGGUGCACACGCGUCCUCUUUAACUCAGGGUUGUCCUUUGCUGGGGCAGAGGAUGGGGUGUGGGGGCUGACAGCGAUAUUUCCAAAGCAAAUGGGUGCCAGGAUCCUGGGUACGCUUGAGGGUGUGCGAGGAGAGGGGGAAAAUAUUGUGAAAAAUCAUCAAGUAGCAUCUUAUGUAGAAGAGACCCUGAUCAGGUAACACUCCUUUCCUACCUGCUGUAGGGUGCAGACCCCACCGAGGGCUUUGGGUGGCAUAUUGGGGGUCCCAAAGGUGCUGCUGUCCCCAGAGAGAUCCCAAAUGGGACAGGAGCAGCAGACACUAUGGUUGAAUUGAUCACAAUCAUCCCUGGGGCAUGGGCUGGCAGCUCUUAUAAUGGACUACACUACUAAUUACACAUAAUUAGGUUGUAAUAAAGAAGCUGAUUGAGGCUGUUGCUGCAGCACAGGAAUCACA